AUGAAAUUAUUUAUUAUCAUUCUUUUGAUAAAAAUUUUCAUAAUUAAUAUAUAUGGUGCUGGAUCUUGUGAUUAUGAAAUUGCUACUAGUAUUUGUACUCAAUUUCAAGAUAUUGGAACACCAGCAAAUCCAUUAAUUAUAUAUAGAUGUCGUUCAAAUGGAAGAACAUUAUGGUGUAGAGAAGAAUAUGAUGCUGCUGGUGCACCAACAAAUUAUUGUUGUAGUAAUAUUAGAAAUUUCAAUACAGCUUUAGAUGAAUUAGAGGAUCUUUUUAAUAAUGAUAGAUUUGGAACACCACUUGAUCCUGAUGAGUAUACUACUUGUGUAGAUAAUUAUCCUAAUUGUAAAAAUAUGCUUCAAUAUUGUAAUGUUGUUAUUCAUCAAACAAAUAUGAAAACUAAUUGUGCACUUUCAUGUAACUUUUGUGGUCCUAAUGUUGGUUUACCAGUAAAAGUUCAAAAUUUAAAAAAACAAUGUAUAGAUAAUCCAACAGCUAAUUGUUAUAAAUUAAAAUAUUUAUGUCAAGAUACUAAUUAUUAUGAUUUUAUGGUAAAAGAAUGUCCAGUAACAUGUAAUAAAUGUAGUGAUCCACUUGAUUGGAAUAAUCAAACUUCAACAGCAAGUACACCAACAAGAACAAUAAUAAUAUGUUAUGAUAGAGAUAAAAAAUGCCCAACAUCCAGAAGUUUUUGUAAUAAUUCAAUAAAAAAAAAUUAUUACAGACAUGCAUGUAAACGUUCUUGUGGUUACUGUCAUUAA